CAUACUGACACAUAGGCUUGCGGCGGCACGGGUCCGCAUCUGGAGAAGACAGGACCAACAUUUUGACAUUUGAAUAACUCGCUGUCUCCGUCUAUUUUCUGGUGACACAAAUCCGUUCAUAAGUGCGAGUAGAUCUAACCCGGAUUCAUGGCUCACCUCAGGACUCUCCUGUCAGCCCUGGUGCUGGUGUUGUCUGUGUCUGAGCCUCUGACCAGCCCCGAGGAAAAUGAAGUCCUGAAACACACAGAGUUAGAGCUCACCAAGAAUCAGGUGACUGAGAAUGCCAUUGGAAACGUCAGCGAGACGACACCGAGCCACACACCAACUACAGCAGCUCCCUUGACUACCACAAUUUCCCAGAGCCCCAGUCUUGCUCCUCAGUGUCUGGGAAACCAGGUGAUGCUGGAGAGCAGCACAGGCUGCGGCUGUCCACCUGGCAUGGUGAGGGAUGGUGACAACUGUACCUGUCCUGUGGGCUUCACUCUGGAGGGGCCUGCAAGGUGUAAAGAUGUGGAUGAAUGUACAGAGAAUCCUGCAGUAUGUGAUGGUCAUGGUGUGUGUGAGAACACGGUUGGGAGCUACAAGUGUGUUUGUCGACCAGGUUACCGGGGAAACGGCACACACUGCGAAGAUGAGAAUGAAUGUGCAUCAGGUGGUCACGGGUGUGACACCAACGCUCGUUGUGGCAACAUCAUUGGCUCUUAUUUCUGCCAAUGCUACCAGGUUAAAGGGGCUGGACACUCUUGUUUGGACAUUGAUGAAUGUAAACUCCAGAGUGGCGGCUGCUCUCACACCUGCACCAACACUCCAGGAGGACAUACUUGCCACUGCCCUCCUCCUCUGCUGCUAGACACAGACAACCUCACCUGCAGCAAUGUUACAUCCUGCAAGCUGAGAAAUGGUGGUUGUGACCAUACAUGUAGCGUGAGGGCGGAGGGCCAGGUCCAGUGUAGCUGUCGAGCAGGCUGGAAGUUGGGCGAGGACCAGAGGAGCUGCGUGGAUGUGAACGAGUGCGGGGACUUUACAAACGGAGGCUGUGAGCAUCUCUGUGUGAACCAUCCUGGUGGCUUUAACUGUGCCUGCAGCAAGGGGUAUGAAGUGAGAACUGAUGACCUCACCAAGUGCCAGCCUGUGUGUAACCCUCGCUGUCAGAACUAUGGAGUGUGUGUGGCCCCAAACACCUGUGACUGCCCUCCAGGCUACCCUGGACUUGGAUGCUCAGCCAUGUGCUCCCCACCCUGUGCCCAUGGAGGCAGCUGUAUGCGCUGGAACAAGUGUCUGUGUCCUUCUGGCUGGACCGGAGCAGGCUGCCACACAGCGGUGUGUGAGCUGCCCUGUGCUAACGGUGGACGCUGUGUGGGGCCUGAGACCUGCCAGUGUUCCUCUGACUACACCGGCCCCCAGUGCCUCUUGCCUUUGUGCACUCCUGCCUGCCAAAACGGAGGAAGAUGUGCAGAUGUUGACAAAUGCACAUGUGUUGGUGGAUGGCAAGGAGCUCGUUGCCAGAUAGAGCCUGUUCAGUGUCAGACACCUUGUAAGAACGGUGGAGUGUGUGUGGGCCUCAACAGGUGCCGCUGCGAAAAAGGAUUUACCGGACGUCUCUGUGAAACGGCGCUGACCACCCCCUGUGUGCCGCCCUGCCAGCACGGGGCCACAUGCAGUCCUCACAACACCUGUACCUGUCCUGAGGGCACUGCAGGCCUGCGCUGUGAGAGGCUGACGUGCCCUGUGGUCACCAUGGUGGUCAGCUUGGCUCGAGCUGUCCGAAAGGCAUUUAGGGAGAGUUACGUGGACCGCUGUGGACCCCUGGGAGUUCAGCUUUGCACUAAAUACAGGAUGAACCAGGCCCGUGUGUACCUGCAGGCAUACAGGGUGGGCUACAAAAUCCAGUGUCCAGAGAGGAAGGGCAGAUGAGCAAUGUUAUGUAAAAGCUUGUUGUCCUUAAAAAACAUCACCCAACAGAUGUGCAACACAGCAAAAACUAAAAUGAAACAAGUUGUAAAAUGAAAUGUAACUGAAUAAGUGAGAGGGCGUCGCUGAGGGCAGCCUCUAUGUUGAAAUAUAAAGGGGAAAUGUAUCAUUAAGGCUGGUAUUUGAUCUGUGAUGUAUGUUGACGAUUAUCUUUAAUUAGUUCUGUAUAGUCACAUGUUUACAUUUCAUGAGAAAUAUUCCUCAGUAUAUCCAAUGUGCAAUGGAUUCAUUAUAUGUCUUGUUUGUGGAUGGCAGCUGAAAGUUAAUAAACGUUCCUUUUUUUACAAAAUGGUAUCAAUAUU